UUAUUGGUGUAGUUGAAUUUGGUUAUAUAUAUUUUAUCUGUCUAUAUAUAUAUAUGCUAACCGGUUAUGCCAACGCCGGUCAGCAUAGCUAGACAAUGUUUAACAGACGAGGCGGCACGUGCGUUAGACGACGCGGUGGCCGUGGCUAGAAGGAGGAGCCACGGCCAGACGACGUCGUUGCACGCCGUCUCGUCUUUAUUAACACUACCCACAUCGACUCUGCGCGAAGCGUGCGCGCGAGCACGCAGCUCGGCGUACUCGCCGAGGCUGCAGUUCCGCGCGCUGGAGCUCUGCGUGAGCGUUUCGCUGGACCGGUUACCGUGUUCCAAAAGCAAAACGCUGGACGCAGAGCCACCGGUGUCGAAUUCGCUUAUGGCGGCGAUUAAACGGUCCCAGGCUAAUCAAAGAAGGCACCCUGAGACGUUUCAUUUGUAUCAAAUGCAUCAACAAAUGAUGCAACAAAACUCUCAAACGACGUCGUUGUCGUGUGUUAAAGUUGAGCUUAAACACUUUAUAUUGUCUAUACUUGAUGACCCGAUUGUUAGUCGGGUUUUCGGGGAUGCGGGUUUUCGUAGUGCUGAUAUAAAGAUAGCUAUUUUGCAUCCCCCGUUAGUUUCUGGGGGGUUUCAGAAAUCUUUAAUUCCCCCAAUGUUUUUGUGUAAUUUGCCUGAAGCUCGAACCGGGUUUAAUUUCCCAUUUGUUGUUGAUCAAGAAGAAGAAGAUUUUAAACGAAUCGGGCAAGUUUUAGCUAAGAAAACGUCGAAAAACCCGUUGCUUGUUGGGGUGUCAGCUGAUACUAUGCUUAGAGGGUUUAUAGAUGGUAUUAAGAUUAGUAAAGUUGGUCUUUUGCCUAGUGAAAUCGCGGGUUUGAAUGUAGUCGAUGUCGAUAAGGAGGUAAGCGAGUUUUGUUUAGGGACUUUGAGUGAAGAUAUGAUGGAAUUGAAGUUGAAUGAGGUAAGGGAAAAAGUAGAGAGUUGUGAAAAUUGUGGUGUGAUUGUGAAUUUUGGUGAUUUGAAGGUGUUUCUUGAGGGUGGAUGUUUAUUGGAAUAUGUUGUUGCGAAAGUGAGUGAUUUGGUUCGGAUUUGUGGUGGGAAGUUGUGGUUGAUUGGAUCGGUUGGGAGUUACGAGAUUUAUAUGAAAAUCAUGGCAAAAUUUAAGAAUCUUGAGAAAGAAUGGGAUUUGAGUGUGGUACCAAUAACUUGUUCUAAGCUGAGUAGUCCUAAUGGAUCACAGAAGAAAUCUAGUUUGAUGGGGUCAUUUGUACCAUUUGGUGGCUGUUUUCCUGCGCAAAACGAGCUAGGGAAUUCGCUCUGCAAAAGUGAUCAAGCGAUGACUCGUUGUGAUCAUUGCAAUGAGAAAUAUGAGCAAGAAGUUUCGGUUGUGAUGAAGGGAGGCAGAACAGCAUCGGUUGCUGAUCAGCAGUUGACCGGCUUAGCACCUUGGAUGCAAAUUCCUGAAUCUGAUACAACCAACGGAAAUGGUGUGAUAGAGGCCAAAGAUCAUGGAGGAGUACUCAAUGCCCGGGUCGUGGCAUUACAGAGGAAAUGGAACGAUAUCUGCCAGCGUAUUCAUCAAAGAUUUCCAUCACAGCAAAAUAGCUCUCAGAUUAGGGCCCGAGUACCUUUUCCUCACCACGUUCAGCCUGAUGCCAAGCUAUUGGAAAUCAGUGGCCAAGAUUCAAAUCAAGAGAUCAGACCUAGAAAGCUAUCACCACCCAUUGAAUUUUUUGCAAACAUGAAGAAUCCAAGCACUACAUCUUCUCCAGCAACUUCCAUCACCACAGAUUUGGGCCUUGGAAACAUUUAUGUAUUACCUGAUCUCGACCGAAGACCCCCGACUCAUGAAACCCAUCUUCAAACCUUCUGUGGGGCAGGGUCUGCAGAGGUUGAUGAAAUAAGUAUGUGUGCUUCAGAUGGAAUAAAACAAUCUUAUGAAAAAGAUUUUAAGCAACUUUAUAGAGCACUUGUAAAGAAAGUUGGGUAUCCAAAUGAUUCCAUUCAUGCCAUCAGUCAAACGAUCUCACGAUUCAGAACUGCAAAUGGAAGGCGUCAUGUAUGGCUUAAUUUUUCUGGAUCUGACCGGGUGGGCAAGAAGAAAAUCAGCGCCGCACUUGCUGAAGUUGUUUUUGGAAGCCGUGAAAGUUUAAUCUCUAUAGACUUAAACUUUGAAAAUCAGAUCCGUCACCCGAGCUCCGUAUUUGACGGUCAAAGCAUAAACUUUUCUGAUUCAUCGUUUAGAGGCAAAACUGCAACAGGUUUCAUUGCUGAGGAGUUGAUUAAAAAACCUCGGUCAGUAGUUCUUCUUGAACACAUAGAUAAAGCUGAUUUUGUGACUCAAGAUAGCUUAUCUCUAGCCAUCAGAACUGGGAAACUAUCAGGUACACAUGGUAGAGAAACCCGAAUCACUGAUGCUAUCUUUGUGACCACCACAAGCACUAGUAAAGAAUUAGAUACUCUUACUUAUUCAGAGGAAAGUAUAUUGAAUGCUAAAGCCUUGCAAAUGAGAAUCUCAGUAGAAACAUCCGAGGCCGAAAACUCGAGUGUAUUACUUUGGCCUAAAGAAUCAGUUUCAAGAAACCCCGAAAUGUCUAAAAAAAGAAAGAUUAUCGAAGUAGACGACUUCGAGAUAAUGGUACCAAAAGUCAAGAAACUGAAGUCUUGUUUUGAUUUGAAUCUUCCAAUAGAGGAACCCGAAGAAAGUGAUAAUGACACCGUUUCGGACACUAGAGAAGUUUGGUUAGAAGAAUUUAUAGAGCAAGUGGACGAGAAAGUUGUCUUCAAGCCGUUUGAUUUUAACUCUUGUGCAGAAACUAUUUUGAAACAAAUCAGCAAAUGUUUCCGAAAUUCAUUUGGAACAAAUGUCGUGUUAGAAAUCAACAAUGAAGUGAUGGUGCAAAUGCUCGCAUCUUAUUGGUUAUCAGACAGAAAGGGUGAGGUCGAGAAUUGGAUUGAUACUAUACUCUAUAGAGGUUUUAAGGAAGUUAAGGAGCAACGACGGGUCCAUAGUGAAUCCAUAGUUAAACUAGUUGCUCUUGAAGGGGUUAUGAUUAAAGAUGAUGCAACCUGUGUAUGUCUUCCCUCAAGAAUCAUGGUGAAAUGAUUCGUCGUAGGUAUUUUUGUUUUUUGUAAUUAUAUAUGUAUAAUGCUAGUUUUAGCAUCGAAAUCAGCCUGGUUAAGGCUGAUCAUAUUAUAUCCCACAAUUUUACGGAAUAGCUUCUGUUCUGUGUUGUGCUACAACUGCUUUGCAGUGAUAUAUUGUAUAGUGAUGAUAUGUUUUUGUC